AUGGGUCCUGCCGCAGCGAAGCUUAUUGACAGGCGCCUCCAUAAUGUCCCUGGGAAACUCCGAGUAGCAGAGCUCUUCUUUGACGUCCCCAUCAACUACAGCAAGCCGACAGAAGGGACUAUUCGGCUUUUUGCUCGGAGCGUUCGGCGGUCCUCAGCUUUUCCCGACACGGAUGCCACUGAGAAGCCUCUUCCAUGGCUGGUGUUUUUACAGGGCGGUCCGGGUUUUGCAUGCCGCCCGCCACAAGAGACGGCAUUCGUCCCAUAUGUCCUUGACAAGGGUUACCAGGUUCUUCUCCUUGACCAACGUGGGACUGGUCUGAGCUCGACGAUUACGGCUCAGACUCUUGCCCUCCAAGACAAUAUUGUGCGCGACUGCGAGGCCAUUCGCAAAUCAUUGACUUUGGACUACCCUGAAGAGUAUCAGAAAUGGAGCGUCUUGGGGCAGAGCUUUGGAGGUUACUGUGCAACCACCUAUCUCUCGAAGUUUCCUGAGGGGCUAAGAGAGGUUUUCCUCACUGGGGGACUGCCUCCACUGGUAAAAGGCCCUGGUCCAGUGUAUCAGAAAACAUACCAAAAUGUCAUCAAGCGGAAUGAAGCCUACUACGAGAAAUUUCCAGAGGAUGCAGAACGUAUUAAGAAGAUAUACCAGUAUCUUCAGCAAAACAAGCCUCGCUUGUCAUCCGGUGUGCUUACGCCAGAACGCUUUCAGCAGCUUGGUAUUAGUUUCGGCGCAUCUGGUGGCUUGGACAGCAUUCAUGAUAUUGUUCUGCGGAUCACAAACGAUCUCGAGUUGUUUGGAUUCCUGACCCGUCCGACACUUUCCCUAGUCGAGAGCUAUGGAGAAUGCGAUCUUGUGGUGAUAUACGCUCUUCUUCAUGAAGCUAUCUAUUGCCAAGGGCAAGCCUCUCGCUGGUCUGCCGAUAGACUCCGUGCUGCCAAUCCCCAAUUCCGAAUCGAUAGCAGUGCUGAAACAGAAAUCUAUUUCACCGGUGAAAUGAUCUAUAAAGACAUGUUUGAAUCCUAUGACGAGCUGAAAGAGAUGAAAGAGGUGGCGGACAUUCUUGCAUCGUCAGAGGAUUGGCCGGACUUGUAUGACGAAGCUCAACUGGCAAAGAACGAGAUCCCCGUAUACGCUGCUACCUAUGUGGAUGACAUGUAUGUCAACUUCGACUUGGCCACUGCUACGGCGAGGAAAAUAAAAGGGGUCAAGCAGUUUAUUACCAAUACCAUGUACCAUGGUGCAUUGCGUGAGAGGACGGACGAAGUUAUACGCCAGCUUUUCUUUUUGAAGGAAGAUUCACUUGACUAA